GGAAUGCAGAUGAAGCACCUCCGCUGGGUCCACGUGGUCGCGCAGAGCCUCAGGAUAGAGGAAGCGCUCAACCUGUCGCUUCUAGACAUGAGCCGCACCGGGCGACUCUGGCCGGUGGCCUUCACUCGCAAGCAGCGCCAGUUCACGAUCCAGAUGCUAAAGUGUCGUCGCGAUCCGCUGAGGCGCAGAGUCGGGGCCAACGCGAGCGCGACCUGGAUCAAGUGCAUCGACUGCGACCUGAGGCUGGCCUACUGGAAUCGCCCAAAGAUCGAGGUGCAGCCCCACCUCCUGGCGAUCAAGGACGAUCCGAACCAGCGCAGCGCGGCGAUGCCGAACCUCCGCCGCUACAACAAUGGCCAGGACGACAAGAAGGAGCUCUUGAUCAAGCUGGUCAAGACCGACACCUCCAGGAGUCCGGCCGCGGUGAGGGUGCCGGCCCGCUCGGAGGCCACGUCGAGGCCUUCCUACGCACCGAUGCAGGUGGACGAGCUGGCCCAGGCGGAGCGGAAGAGCCGACCGAGGACAUCGGAAAGUACUCUUGCGAAGGAUAUGAAGGAGCUGAAGGACGCGAUUCUGCAGCAGAACGAGUACAUCCAGCAACGCAGCCAGGCUCUGCGGUUCCUCAUGCAGCCCCACUUGGCCCAGAUCCAGCAGUCCCAGGAGGCAGCGGUCAUGACGGCGAUUCCGGGCACGCCGCGCCAGGCCGACAAGUGGGAGGUGAUCGGUCAGCCAGCCUCCCAGUCGCCGGCGCCGGAGAUGCCGAUCGCCGCGGAGAAGGAGUCCUGA